CAAGGAGAAGAUCCUAGAGCUCACCCAUAAGAUGUUGGAGCUGCUGACUGGAGAGGUUCCUGUAAGGUGUCAGGAUGUCGCUGUCUAUUUCUCCUCGGAUGAGUGGGAGUAUUUAGGGGAACAUGAGGACCUGUACAAGGACGCCAUGAUUGAAGAUCCCCAGCCUCUGACGUCACAAGAAAAUUCCAGUAAGAAAUCUGAGGGAGAAGAUGAAGAUAUCGUGCAGCGCUCUUCAGGAGGAAACUUCAUUACCUGUAAUGUACAUUCAGGACCUGACAGAAAAGAACUGUCAUAUAAUCCCCCUAAUCAGGAGGACUCUUCCCCUGACCAAUCACAGGUUCUUACCACAAACACUGAACAGAAAGUGGGUAAAUGGUAUCACUGUGGUGAAUGUGGAAAAUGCUUUACAAAAAGUUCAAGUCUGUUUACACACAGACGAAUUCACACAGGAGAAAAACCUUAUUCAUGUUUUCAGUGUGGAAAAUCCUUUACGUGUAAGUCCAAUCUUGUUAGACAUGAGAGAAUUCACACAGGAGAGAAGCAGUUCCCAUGUUCAGAAUGUGGGAAAUGUUUUACACUGAAAUCAGAUCUUGCUAAACAUCAGAGAAUUCACACAGGACAGAAGCCAUAUUCAUGUUCAGAAUGUGGUAAAUGUUUUACAGAGAAAUCAACACUUGUUACACAUGAGAGAAUUCACACAGGAGAGAAGCCAUUUUCAUGUUCUGAAUGUGGGAAAUGUUUUACAGAAAAAUCAACUCUCGUAACACAUGAAAGAAGUCACACCGGAGAGAAACCAUAUCCAUGUUCAGAAUGUGGGAAAUGUUUUACAAAAAGGUCAGAUGUUGUUAAACAUGAGAGAAUUCACACAGGAGAGAAGCCGUAUGCAUGUUCAUUAUGUUGGAAAUGUUUUACAGAUAAAUCCACUCUUGUUAAGCAUGAAAGAAUUCACACAGGGGAGAAGCCAUAUUCAUGCUCUGAAUGUGGUAAAUGUUAUACAGAUAAAUCAACGCUUGUUAAACAUGAGAGAAUCCACACAGGAGAGAAGCCAUUUUCAUGUUCACUUUGUGGGAAAUGUUUUAAUUAUAAAUUAAGUCUUGUUAUACAUGAGAGAAGUCACACAGGAGAGAAGCCGUAUUCAUGUUCAGAAUGUGGGAAAUGUUUCAUAGAUAGAUCCCAUCUUGCUAUACAUCAGAGAAGUCAUACUGGGGUGAAACCAUUUUCCUGUUCAGAAUGUGGGAAAAGUUUUAUUACUAAAGUCAAACUUAGAAUUCACCAGAGAAGUCAUUCUGGGGAAAAACCAUUUUCAUGUUCAGAAUGUGGGAAAUGUUUUACAGAAAAAUCAAGUCUUGUUACACAUAUGAGGAUUCACACAGGGGAGAAGCCGUAUUCAUGUUCCACAUGUGGGAACUGUUUUAUUACUAAAGGCAAACUUCGGGAUCAUCAGAGAAGUCACAUAGGGGAACAGCUAUGUUGAUGUUCUUUGAAACUUGUUAAAGAAUU